AGCAAGAUGGCGGCCCUGUGCAGGCGUGCGUGGACUCCCCUGCUCUUGAUGCCGGGUCGGAUUAGCGUUGGGAGCCGCCGCGGCGUCCGCGGUCUAAGAAGGAAACCUCUCCGCGUGCUGCCCUCGGUCGCGCAGGCGCAGGAGCAGCAGCGGAUCGUCCCCAGCAAGGUUAAGGCCAGUUACCUCCCAAAACCGCCCGCUCAGGAGCGCCAGCCGGAACCGGAACCCAAAGAGGCAGAGCUGCGCUACGAGCGGGCCCAACCCAACGAGAAGAGGCUGAGCAAAUUGGUGACACUUGCCAAGUCAAGGGCGUUUCGUGAGAAGCAUGGGAAAAUUCUCCUGGAAGGCCGGAGGCUCAUUACCGACGCUCUGGAAGCAGGGGCCAUUCCCCAGAUGAUCUUCUUUAGCAUGAUGGAGAACCUGAAGCUGCUGCCGGCAGCCAAGCUCAAAGGGGCCACCCUCGUCAAAGUGAAAUUCAGUGACAUCAAGAUCUGGUCGGACGUCGUCACGCCACAGGGGUUGAUAGGCAUUUUCGCCAUGCCCCAUCACUCCAAAAUGAUGUACCCAGAAGUCCCGCCGGAGCACGUCCUGCCCCUCACGCUGAUCUGCGACAAUGUUCGGGACCCCGGGAACCUGGGCACCAUCCUGAGGUCAGCGGCUGGGGCCGGCUGCGGCAGCGUGCUGCUCGUAAAAGGCUGUGUGGACGCAUGGGAACCCAAAGUGCUUCGGGCGGGGAUGGGCGCUCACUUCCGAAUCCCCAUCGUUUCCAACGUGGAGUGGGAGCUUGUGCCCAACUACCUGCCUGCCGAAGGCUGCGUCCACGUGGCCGACAGCUCCCACAAGGGCCCCCAAGCGCAGGCCGAACGGGCUUCUCCAGCGCAGGCUGCUCACAGCAGCUGGACCCCCAGGCCCUCCAACCGAAGGGGCUGGCCAGCCCCAUCCAAGGGUUGCCAGCAGGAGGAGGAAGCAGACUUGCUGCCAGCCCAACCUUACCACAAGCCCUGGAUGGAUGCUUCCGCAGCCGUAGUGAUCGGCGGGGAGACCCACGGGGUGAGCGCCGAAGCCAAAAUGCUGGCACGGAGGAGCGGAGGGAAGCAGCUCGCCAUCCCAGUGAUCCCGGGUGUGGAGAGUUUGAAUUCCGCCAUGGCUGCCAGUGUUCUCCUCUUCGAGGCCAAGAGACAGUUGCUGGUCAAGGAAGGCAGUGCUUCCGGGCUCCAGUUAAAACUUUGAGGGCUGGAAUCUUGACAUGAAUUCCUCCUUUUUUGGGGGGUGGGGGGAACAAACCGAGUGGUCCCCAUUUCAGCAUCUGCCCCUUUGAGGCUCCUUGGUUCGAGGGGAGUCAAAAAAGUCAAGAUGGCGACUGCAAGUAGGUAAUCCAAGCGCUGCCCCUCCCUUUCCUUUUUACAUGCGCGGCUUGGAUUACACAAACCUGGGUGGCCCACUUGACUUUUUUGACACAGACACCUGUACAGACCCCCACCCCCAAAUCGGUCUCCCUCCUUUCCCUCUGGCUAAAGGGGACGGUGUUUGGCAGCCAAGCGAGGGGAGAGGAUGGGAAGUGUUAGAAAGGGGGUUGUGCAGUUCUGAGCCAGGCAUUUGCACACUUUCUUGCCAAGUGCAAGAAGAGCUUGGGUGAGGUUUCCUAAAGAACAUGCAGAAGGACCCUGGUAGCCCCUUUUCCCCCAAUGAACUUUAUUGAAAGGCUGAAACCU